GUCUUGAGCACUUACUAAGUACAUGCGGCAGAUUGCUACUCAUUUACGUCGUCUUUUAACGUUUCCACGGCUGUCCGAUAGAAAUCAACAUGUUGGGACUGUGGUGCAAAUAUAACGCCUUUACGCUUUUACUCCUGUCACUUGCGGUAUCGUCGAGCUCUACGGCCUUAAACUGCCAACCAGGCUAUUACUUUGACGGUAAAGGGUGCACCAAAUGCACCCAAUGCCCUCUGGGAUAUGGGUUAAAGAAUCAUUGCUCAGACACUGGCCAUGGGGAUACCCAGUGCCAACCCUGCAUCGAAGGAUAUGACUAUUCAGAUACCAUUGGAUUAGACGAAUGCAUACAGUGUGACACCUAUUCGAAUUGCCUGCCUGGACAAUCAAAAAUGAUUAAAAAGUGUACGGUAUCCUCCCCACCCGAAUGCGAUGGGUGUGAAGAUGGAUACUAUAUAGACGACGAGGUCAAUGGCUGUACGAGGUGCUCGUCUCCAUGUCGCAACGAUGAGGAAGAAGUGCAAAAAUGCUUGACAAAGCAUGACCGCAUUUGCAAACCGAGAAGUACACGUACAGAUCCAGUGUCAACAGCUUCAUCGACUCCCACAACUUCAACGUCAAGUACUUCUGUUCACAACUCGAAGGAUAAGGCACUAUCGACCAGUGCGAGCCAGCGGACUGCUGUCACGAAGACUGACGCAGGAAGACACCAGUCAUCAGGCGAGGUGCCGACAGCUGAAGGCUCGUCUCAGGCUCAAGGAACUCUGAGCAAAUACCUCAUGAUUCGAAUUUCUGUGGGAGUUUGUGUUACGAUUUUACUAGCAAUAGUUAUAACUGUUGUCGGCUACAAAGUAACGAGAGCAAGAAGGCGAAAAUCAAACGAUAACGGUGAUCCUGACAGAACCAACACAUUGGAACUUGCUGAAACUCAGCCAUGUGUGCCAAAGGGAUUGGAUCGUUUUGUAAAACAUCUUGAAAUCCACGAGAAGAGAAUUAUAAUCAGAGAAAUCAGUGGCUCACUCGGGGGCUUUACUAAAUGGCAGACUGUCUUGGACAAACUUGAAGACCCUGAAUUGGUUGAGGAAUCUAGGGUAUGGACAGCAGAUGACGACGAAAAGAAUAUUAAAAAGUUUCUAGAUGCAUAUGGUGAGAAGGAGGGAAGCACAGCUAAAAGAUUGAUUCAGGCCAUCAGAGAUGCUGGACUUAGUCUCUCUGCCAAUGAAUUGGAACGAAAACUUGAUUCAGAUAGAGGUGGACAAAGUGGAAAUUCUGUCGAGAUACCGGCAGUUGAAAAUGAUACUUGGGUUUAAAAGGUUAUUUUCUCAUUAUCAAAUUGCUGGUUUUCACUGUCACACCAUCACCAAAACCAUUAAACAUAUAAAGCCAAGAAUCAAAGAGGUAAAGAAGAAGUUACUCGGGCGUAAAAGGUCAUUUUCUCAUUAGCAAAUAGAUCCCAUCUUUUCAUAAGAUUGUCAACAACGAAGAUUUGAAGGUAGUUCUUUAUAACUUAUCGCCUCGCUGUUUUGACCUAAUUUCCCCUGUUGUAAACACCUUGUGUCGCAAUCGUCUCUCCUCCAGUCUACUUUUUGUGGUAAUUAGAAACUGACAAAUAGUCACUAAAUAUGGCUGUAUUACAAUAUGUGACCGCAGUAUCCUCUUAUGGAUCAAUUACUGAGUAAAACGUCAGCACAGUACCAUCAGCCUUCUAGCAGUAUUGAACCCAAAACGUAACCAAUUACAAUGACUACUUCGACCCCAAAGGCCACCAAUUUGCAAUUAAAAUUCAGAGGCUAAUUAUUGUCCUACUUGCUAGGGUUAUGAUAAAACAAAAACAAACAAAAACAAAAAUAAGAAAGAAGAGAAAGGGUUAUUUAACUCGAGUUUCCCUCUGUGUCGUUAUAACAUGCACACUUGUUCAAAGCCUGACCAAAAUAUGUGAGAAAAGAUGGGAAGCUUGUUGGAUAUGAGAUGAUAGAUAGCCAACGAGGCGCGUAGCGC